AUGGUCAGAGGUUCGCUCAACAAACUCCUCUCCCGCUCUCUCUCCGUCGCCGGCAAAUGGCAGAAUCAACAGCUCCGCCGCCUCAACAUCCACGAGUAUCAGGGUGCUGAAUUGAUGAGCAAAUACGGAGUUAACGUUCCCAGAGGUGUCGCUGUUUCUUCUGUUGAAGAAACCAGAAAAGCCAUCAAGGAUGCAUUCCCCAAUCAAAGCGAGUUGGUGGUGAAGAGUCAAAUUUUAGCCGGUGGACGUGGCUUGGGAACUUUUAAAAGUGGCCUUAAGGGAGGAGUACACAUCGUUAAGACUGAACAGGUUGAAGACAUUGCUGGGAAGAUGCUUGGGCAGAUACUAGUUACAAAACAGACAGGUCCUCAGGGAAAAAUCGUUAGCAAGGUUUACUUGUGUGAAAAGCUGUCACUUGUGAAUGAGAUGUACUUUGCUAUAACUCUGGAUCGUAAGACUGCUGGCCCACUUAUUAUUGCUUGUAGAAAGGGAGGAACGAGCAUUGAAGACCUUGCAGAGAAAUUUCCAGACAUGAUCAUAAAGGUACCUGUUGAUGUUUUUGAAGGAAUUACUGAUGAAGAUGCUGCCAAGGUUGUUGAUGGUUUGGCUCCCAAAGUGGCUGAUAGAAAUCAAUCAAUUGAACAAGUGAAGAAUUUGUAUAAGCUUUUUGUUGAUUCUGACUGCACCCUUUUAGAAAUCAAUCCCAUGGCAGAGACAGCUGAUAACCAACUAGUAGCUGCUGAUGCUAAACUGAAUUUUGAUGAUAAUGCUGCGUAUCGCCAGAAAGAAAUAUUCACUCUCCGUGAUACAACACAAGAGGAUCCCCGAGAGGUGGCUGCUGCAAAGGCAGAUUUAAAUUAUAUUGGGUUAGAUGGAGAAAUUGGCUGCAUGGUGAAUGGAGCAGGGUUAGCAAUGGCCACAAUGGAUAUAAUUAAGUUGCAUGGAGGUACUCCUGCCAAUUUUCUGGAUGUAGGUGGCAAUGCUUCUGAAGGCCAGGUGGUUGAAGCCUUUAAGAUAUUGACUGCUGACGAUAAAGUCAAGGCGAUUUUGGUUAACAUCUUUGGUGGUAUAAUGAAGUGUGAUGUUAUAGCAAGUGGAAUAGUGAAUGCUGCAAAACAGGUUGCACUGAAAGUACCAGUAAUUGUUCGUCUCGAAGGCACUAAUGUUGACCAAGGGAAAAGAAUUUUGAAGGAAAGUGGCAUGGCAUUAAUAACAGCUGAAGAUUUGGAUGAUGCAGCUCAAAAAGCAGUGAAAGCAUACAAAUGA